AUGCACCAUCCUAGUAUACCGCCACCCCAACCUCAAGGUGUAACACCAUCGUGCCGAAGGGGUGCAUGGCUCAGGGGUAACAUAGUGGGCUACAAGCGAUGCCUAAGGGAGAUGGCGAACCCGAGGGGAAAACAGCCUUGGCGGGGCAAGGGCGCACUGCCCCACUGGACAGAUCAACACGACCCAACUCGUGGGAAGGAAGAUGGGACAAAAAAAGAAAAACAAAAAAGGCGGAAGAGAGAGAGCAGCGGGGGCGAAAAAGAAAACAGAAGUGGCGGGGAAAAAGAAAGGGACGAGAAUCAAGGGGAGAAAAGACGGAGAAGAGAAGUGGAAGAAAAGGAAGACCCCGGAUCUAGAACCAGAGCAAACAGAAGCAAGGGAAAAGAAAGAGAAUAUAAGAGGGAAACAAGAGAAGAAAGAGAGGAACUGCAAACCAAGAGAGAAGAAGAAAGAAAGAGAAUAGGAAGAGAAAAAGAGGGAGAAGAGAACAGACAGAAGGACUAA